AUGUGCGGUUAUUUGCGGAGUCAUAUCGAGGGCAUACCCCUCAGCCUCGGGGGAAGGGCGGGCGGAGGGAGGGAGCGGGGAGGAACCACCGACAAUUACUCCAGGGAAGUUUUACGGCUGGGAUCGACCAGCCCCGAUCAGGCGGUAAGGGAUCCUUUGAUCAAGAAAAUCCAAUUAUUUGUGUAUAUACAUUUCCCACAUAGUGAUUACUUCAUUAAUUGUCCCGCCUUUAUCUCCUCCCUUCCCAUCCCCCYUAAUAAUCAGUUCUUUUAUCCAGACCAACAAACACACCAUAGGAGCUUUGUGGAUUCAAAGGAUUUGCUUUCGCUUCUGAAAGAGCCGCUAUUCUUUGAUGAUUGGGUAGCGGCAAACUUCAAAGCCAUAAAUCUUCCCUCUGACUGGUUGGCGGCCCAGCAAAGUCCUUAUCAAAUUCUUGGAGGUGAUCCUGGCGCAGUCAGACAGUCCGCGGAGAUCGCGCAGCGCGGGGGGGGUGGGACGCGCACGGAGACGAAGAGAUCAGAAGGAAAGGAAGAGAGAGGGGGAGAGAGAAGGAAACUGGGCAGCUUCUCAUCUUCCCCUCGGCGUCCUCAUGCCUCGCCAGUGCCCCGGCGSCUUCCCUUCGCCCCAGGCGCAGUAGCCAUGGCCGCGGUGGCUGUCCUCCGGAACGACUCCCUCCAGGCUUUCCUCCAGGACCGCACCCCCAGCGCCUCCCCAGACUUGGCCAAGCAUUCGCCCCUGGCUCUUCUGGCCGCUACUUGUAGCCGGAUCGGGCAGCCGGGCGCAGCGCCCUCGGAUUUCCUACCGGUCUCCUACGACCCGACGCUGGGAUCCCCCUCCAGGAUCUUCCACCCUUGGAGCGGCGAGAUGCCAGCGCAUUCCCCGGGCGGGCUGCCGCCGCCGCAUCCCAGCUUGGGGCUCACCCCUCAGAAGAACCACCUGCAGCCCUCCUUCGGGGGGUCGCACGAACUGCCCCUCACGCCCCCGGCGGAUCCCUCCUACCCGUACGAGUUCUCCCCCGUCAAGAUGCUGCCCUCCUCCAUGGCCGCCCUGCCGUCCAGCUGCCCGCCCGCCUACGUCCCCUACGCCGCCCAGGCCGCCCUGCCGCCCGGGUAUUCCAACCUGCUUCCGCCCGCCCAGCCCUGCCGGCAGCUGUCGCCCAACCCGCCGCCCGAGGACAUCCCCUGGUGGAGCAUCCAGCAGGCCGGUGCCCCGGGCGGCUGCGGCCACCGCUUCCCCGCGGCCGCGGCGCUGCCACGGAGCUUGGUGCUGGGACAUUCGGACUUCGCUCAGUACCAGACGCAGAUCGCCGCCCUGCUGCAGACCAAGUCUCCCCUGGCGGCCACGGCCAGGAGGUGCCGCCGCUGCCGCUGCCCGAACUGCCAGUCGGCCGCGGGCAGCGCCCCUGAGGCGGAGCCGGGCAAGAAGAAGCAGCACAUCUGCCACAUCCCCGGCUGCGGCAAGGUGUACGGCAAGACCUCGCACCUGAAGGCGCACCUGCGCUGGCACACGGGCGAGCGGCCCUUCGUCUGCAACUGGCUCUUCUGUGGGAAGAGUUUCACCCGCUCCGACGAGCUGCAGCGGCACCUGCGGACUCACACGGGCGAGAAGCGCUUCGUCUGCCCCGAGUGCGGGAAGCGCUUCAUGCGCAGCGACCACCUGGCCAAGCACGUCAAGACCCACCAGAACAAGAAGCUGAAGGCAGCGGCGGACGGCGUCAAGCGGGAGGACAGCCGCGACCUGUGACCGCCGGGACCGCGGGCGGCUGCUGCCUCUGCGGGCCGAGCUGCGCCACAGCGGGACCCUGACUGGGGGCGUUUCGCCGCCGGGGCGGGGCGGCGGCAGCGGGGAGAGAACGGCCGACUGUCGGACUCUCGCCGGGUACGGCGAACAAGACCCCAACUGGGGCGGCCUCCGCGGACCCUCAGGCCCGGGACUGGACGCUCAUAGGGCCCCGGGGCAGGYGCCCGGCACGGAGUGCGACUGAGGGGGAACCCUGGGCGCUGGGCCACGGGGGCAAGAGCGGGGCCAUAGACACCCGGGGGUGAGGUGGCAGCGUCGGUGUGGCCGUGCUGGGGCUCGGCCCUCGGUGCUUUCAGGRUAACAGACUGAAGUUUUGUGUACAGAUUAUUUAAUAGUUAAAUUUGAAUACACGUGUUCUUCUCCGUCUUCGACCCCGCGCGGGGUCCAGCAUGAGAUGUUUCUGUAAAGCGACCCGCGACCGCAGCGUGAAAUAAACACGUUCACACCGGGGUCAGCAGGGACGGUCCCGCCGCGUCGGUCUCGUUUGAUCCUUCCCCGGGUGCCCCGCGCGGCCGCCGCCUUCCCGCCAUUUUCCGCUGAGGCGGYGGGUCGGGUCCGGCUCCACCGCGCAGGCCGAGCGGAGCUCAGCGCACGGUGACCUGACAGCUGCUCAUGGUAACACCUCUAAAAUCCCGGGAGCUGCUUCGGACGGGUGUGCCUGCUUGGCUUAGGUUGGUGGGUUGGCUUUGUGUUUGGGUUGUUGGGAUUUUUWAACUAUUUUUAUUAUUUUGCUUCCUACACAUGAAGCUGAGAGAGCAAAGAGAAAUGCGUGGUGCCAAUACUGGGAACGAACAUGCAGAUCAAGUUCUACAGACUGGAAUAUAUAUUUGUGCAAAAGUGGGCAGCAGUCAGUGUUAGUGAUGCUCCUUCUGAGAAAGGUCCAGAGGCCAUAGGGCCAGCCACCAACAGCAAUUCCCAGCCUAAGUUGUCUGUGGUACAGAAGAGCCCAAGCAUGCUUGCCGUAUGUUAACUUUCUAUAAAACUGUAGAAUUUAAGGGCUGAGGUGCUUGUACUGCCAGUGCCACAGUCAUUGUCCUGCAGAAGGGAAGAUACUUGGCACAAAAYUGUUUAAAAAUACCUGGUAGAUGGUGACAGCCUUUAGGGUUUAUUGGCUCCCACUGGGCAUCACGUAAGUAUGGGUUUAAGCAUAUUUCUUUUAAAAUAAUAACCUUUCUUACUGCAGCGAAUUCUCUAUUUAUUUUUUUCAUUGAAAUCUAUAUAGCCAAACAAAUCAAUCAACCUGAUCAACAAUUUACUAAAUUUUGCAUUCUAACAUGGCGCAUAUGCUAUUUGCUCAUAUUUUACAACAUGAGCUUUAUUUUCUGAUUACCUAAUGAGACAGCAAAAUGAAAAGCACCUUCAAAACAUCACUGAGACUAAUCGGGAACUGUUCAGCUUCAGGUGAGAACCUCUGGUGGCAGUUGUCAAGCAAGCUUUGGCACAAUCCUGUUGAUAAAGGUACACUUUGCCAUGGACUUCCGAAUCAAGAAAGAACACAGCUUGAUAAAUGUUUGUAAUAACAGGACAUGUAAAUCUAAUGUGUUUGUAUGUGUGUCAAAUACUGCCAAGAAUCUAUUCUCUCGGGGAAUAAUGAGAUGAGACAAUGCCAUGAGAAUCCUCAUAUCUAAAAUAAUGAGAAGUUAAUGGACAGUUACCAUGAUACAACUCCUUAACAAUAUUUUAAUAUUUAUUAUUCUGAAUUAAUUGCCCACACCAUAUUCUUAGGGUCACCUUACUAAAUUAAUAACCAACCAGUUGUCUUCUUUUCUAUUGAAGAAUCUUCUAUAAACUGUCCUGUUAUAGAAAACAUUGAGAGGAAUAUGUUUAGUUUCAUUAGYUGGCAUUUCUUUGCCAAAGAUUUAGGUGUCAGAAGUGUGUGGUUGAGUGAUAUUAAGUAGAAGAUAUCUUUAGUGUUCCAGAUUGAGUGACAGUAAGGCAGGAAAUAACUCAUGGACCUGAUUCAGAAGUCCUYAGUCAAAAAGGUCUUUGACACAAAAAUGGACCCCAUUUACUGCUGAUGUAGUAUUUAAACAUUUCAUCAGGAAUAACAAUGUUUAUGCUUUUUAAAAUGUUUCAUGGCACACAGUGGUAAUCUCCUUCCUUUAUUUGAUACUAAGUUACAUUAAGAAUAUAGAGUUAGAGAAUUUAAAAGAGAGUUUGUUUCACUAAACAGUCUUUCGACUCUGUGUUUGCAUCGAAAGUACUUAAAAUGGAGAGUAGUGGAAAGUGCUUUUGUUGGUAGCAGUACAGGAGAAACAACAGUAUCCCACAGUAUGAAARGUCUCUUAAAGAAUAGAAUAGUUGUCACAUGGUGAUGGCCUUUCACCGCUAAGUGUGUGCCAAGAUGAAGUGUURGCGUGGGUGAAGCAAUGUCUGAGAUGGUGUCUGGUGCAAGUUUAGCCUAACUAGGAACUGGAGAACCGUUCCCCUUAGAGCAGAUGUAGCUAGCAGAAAUUAGCCCGAUAAUGGUAGUUUUGAUGGUUUCUAAGCUGGACCAUUAUGCAAAGUUGUUUUUUUUUCCAGUUUGAAGACACGUUGAAUUUGCCAAGUAUCUAUGUUUCUGGUCUAGCAGACUGUUUUGGGUUCUUAUUCAUUCCACAAGACACAGCUUGUACUGCAAUACUGAAGGUUUUACCGCUCACUUAAGGGUGAGCCUGGAAGUAAUUUAGGUUUUAAGCAAAAGACCAUUGCCCAGGCAGUGCCAGCACCAUGUCAAGGGUAUGCAAUGACUGCAUGACUGCAUCAAAGCAUGAAAGAGCACAGGUUAAAAUGCAUACAGUCAAAAUUAAUUAAAAGCCYGACAUGAGAGAGAGAUACAUUUAGGCGAAAACCCAUAGUAUCAAAGGCCAAUUAAAAUCUUAAUCUGUAAGAAUAGCACGCACACACACACAUGCAAAAGACAGUGAAUUAGGGACUUAUUAUUACACUUACUUAGGUAAGUGAAACUAACAGUUUAGAAUAUAUAAAAAAUUAAUCGAAUUAUUUAUCUGAAAAACUUCUAAAUAGUUCAUUGGGAAAAGGAGGUAUAUAUGCAUCAUAGCUGUUUCAUACUCAUCUGUAAAUAGCUAAAUCAUAUGAUAGCUUUUCAAUUGAAAUCAUUAAACUUUUUUAGUAAUAUGACCUUUAAAUAUA